AUGCGUCUCGUCAUCCUCCUAGCUUUUCUAGGUUCCGCUCUCGCGGUCCCGAGAAAUCCUAGCCGUAUCGUUGGUGGUACAGAAACUACGGUCGAGGAGUACCCUUACAUGGUUAACAUGCAGUACUCAUCGUCAGGCAUGUUUUUUUGGGGUCAAAGAUGCGGUGGCUCUCUUCUGACCUCCACAGCGGUGCUUUCUGCUGCACAUUGCUUCUAUGAAGACGCUGACUGGCAGUGGCGGGUGGUUCUUGGUACCUCAUUUAGAAACGGUGAAGGUGGCUCCGUCCAUACUAUUCAGCGAGUUAUUAUGCAUCCGCAAUACAUACACAACAUCUGGAACAAUGACGUUGCCAUCGUCCGCUUCACCGCCCCAGCUGUAUUCUCCAACACUGUUAAACAAGCAAGGAUUCCUGGGACUCAGUACCACCUGGCUGAUGGCUCCCUUGUAACACACGUAGGCUGGGGCUAUCAAUGGACUGCCGGCCCAUUAUCCGAGCAGCUGCUACAUGUCCACGUGAACGUCAUCAACCAGGAAGAGUGUGCAACUCGUUACGCUUACCUGAAGACUCAGCCUGGUUAUGAACAUUGGCCAGACGUUAAUGACGGCAUGGUGUGCGCUGGGAUCCUGGAUGUGGGCGGAAAGGACGCCUGCAAGGGAGACUCUGGCGGUCCCCUCGCUCAGCAUGGAGAUAUUGUUGUUGGAAUUACAUCUUGGGGAUUUGAAUGCGCAGAUCCUUUCUAUCCUGGAGUCAGUGCACGAGUUACUCAAUAUACCGAAUGGAUUGUGGCUAACGCAAAUUAA